CCGAGCAGAUAUGUUACGUUUCUAACUAGCUUCCGACUGGCAUUUUCGUAACGAAAAGAUGCGCCUUCACUGGAUUAAAUUAAUAAAAGAAACAAGAGGAAGUCGGGCAAAACUUUGGCCAACUAUGUCCAAACUUUAAUACACUGAAAUCCCUAUAACUUCUCAUCAGUUUCGAGUCUGUUAGCAUUGUUUUAUCUCCCCUACUAUUGCCAUUGGACGCGUUUUUUUCUUCUGGAGGAGUCCAGUCUGAUGAAUUCACCGAAAAAAGACGGAGAUGAUGAUGUGCCCGUUAAAGACCCGGUAAAAUACGGCGAGUUGGUCAUUUUGGGGUACAAUGGCUCUCUUCCAACCGGAGACCGUGGGCGCAGAAAGAGCCGUUUCGCUCUGUACCGACGAGCCAAGGCCAAUGGCGUCAAACCCAGCGCUGUGCACAUCCUCAAUACGCCACAGGACAGCAAGGCUGUCCACAGCAGGGGGCAGCACAGCAUCUCCUUCACUCUGUCCCGUAACCAGACGGUGGUGGUGGAGUACUGUCAUGACAACAACACAGACAUGUUCCAGAUUGGACGCUCCACAGAAAGUCCCAUUGACUUUGUGGUGACAGACACCUCCGGAGGGGGUAAGGAAGGAGAGGACCCCUCUAUUGCCCCCAGCACCAUUUCACGUUUUGCCUGCAGAGUCGUGUGUGAACGCAACCCACCUUACACCGCACGCAUCUAUGCCGCUGGCUUUGACUCCUCCAAAAAUAUCUUCUUAGGGGAAAAAGCAACCAAAUGGAAAAACCCUGAUGGACAUAUGGAUGGCCUGACCACAAAUGGAGUGUUAGUGAUGCAUCCAGAGGGAUUCCCAGAAGACCCCAAGCAGGGUCUGUGGAGGGAGAUCUCUGUGUGUGGAGAUGUCUACGCCCUGCGGGAGACUCGAUCUGGACCCAGUCGAGGCAAACUGGCAGAGGGAGAGAGCAGUGCGUUACGUGAUGGUUCCCUGGUUGACCUGUGUGGUGCCACCCUUCUGUGGCGCACAGGUGAGGGGUUGAUGCGGGCCCCCACCCUGCGUCACUUGGAAGCGCUUCGUCAGGAGCUAAACGCGUCUCGACCUCAGUGUCCCGUAGGCCUCAGCACUCUGGCCUUCCCCAGCCUGCCACGUAGCCACAGCCUCGAGGAGCGUCAGCCCUGGGUCUACCUCGCUUGCGGCCAUGUCCACGGACGUCAUGACUGGGGCCAAAGAUCUGAGGGCGAGGAGCUGCCAGGAGAAGGGGAGGGGUCCACAACACGAAGAGAAUGUCCCCUUUGUCGGAGCGUGGGUCCCUACGUGCCGCUGUGGCUGGGCUGCGAGCCCGCAGUGUACGUGGACGCUGGAGCCCCCACUCACAGUUUUGUGCCGUGUGGCCACGUCUGCUCAGAGAGGACAGCCAGGUACUGGGCCGAGACCCCGCUCCCCCACGGGACGCACGCCUUCAGACCCAUCUGCCCCUUCUGCUCCACUGCCCUCAGCACCCCUGGCUGGACACGGCUCAUCUUCCAGGGCCCCAUCGACUAGUUGUCAAUCCUCAGCAAUCACUUUUACAAUAACAGAACAAUGCCUGAGCUUCAUUCAGGAUUCAGUCAUUGAUCAGUGUUCAGUAUGGAUAGGUUAAUAAGAUGAAGUAAUGAAAGUAUGUGUGUUCUAAACUCAGGUCACACAUUUUGUGUGCAUAAUAAACUGGUCAGUGCUUUUCCUGAAUGCAGCUCAGGGAGAAGGAUUCCCUCCUCUUGUUUACCUCUUUAUGCUUGUUGAUUAAUGCGGGAUCAGGACAACAGGUGAAAACAGUGACGUUUAUUCACUAUAAUCAUGGAGAAGUUUGCAGUUUGUCAUUCCAACUAAACACAACACAAUCUGAUCUCACUCAUGAUUAACCCUCACCAAGAGAUUUCAUUUCAUAUAUGUAAACAUAUACAUGCAGGAGCUUAAAUAAUGCUGCUUGCCCCUUUUCAAAAGAUUAUUUUCAAAAAACCUUCACUACUAUAUCUUUUGUCAUCAAAAAGAAAUAAUCCAAAUGUCUGUCUUGGAAGCCAUGUUUGAAAUAACAAGAAGCUUUUUGCACAUAAGUAAGGAAUGGCCUUUUCUCUUUGCUGAUCUGCAGCUUCUGUCUGCCCUUUACUCAGUGAAACAUCGCUGCUUGCACUACUCGGCCUGAUAUCCUUAAUUUUAAACAAGUUACUGUAAUAAUAGCUAAAUGCUGCAACUCAUUCAUGCUUUUCCUUUAUCCACCUUCAAUUGUGACUUACGUUCUUUAAUAGAACUGUGCACAGACUUCCCCAGUUUCCUUAAUAAGCUAUAUUUACUGCUUAGGGUGUAUGUGUGAGGUUAUUGGGUGAUAUUCAAGGCUGUUGAUCCACAAAUGAUCCAUUAAAAAAAUCCUAGCUAUAAAAACUUUAUUGAGAAUGUACAGUUCCCAUCAUCCUCAUUUAUCCUUCUAGUAAAAUCUAUGCAGACACCUCAUUCAUGAGACUGCUUGUGUUGUAAAAGGUUGGAAUGAAAGCCUGCAGACUGCUUGCUGAUCUCUAGCAGGAACGCUCCACACUGUACGAUCACACCACAAAGGCAUCACCUGUUGAGCCCAGAUCUUAUCCUGAUCAUCAAGCAGUAGCAAGGAUAAGCCAGGGCUGGGGGAUUGAAACCGGGUAUAAAUUCACUUCAUAACUCUCUACAGCAAUAAAAGCACUCCUAUAGAUAAGCUAGAUGUUGUGCUAUGUUUAGAAAGUGUUCAGUCGACUGUCGCUUCAAACAUGGCUGGAUGGAUUUCGGGUUAAGGGCUUAACCAGAGAUGUGUUUAAUAAUACGGUUUGUGAUCUAAGAAUGAUUAAACCAAAGCAUUAGAAUAUGAAUAUGAGCAAUUAGAUACCUGAUGUUCAGAUGCAUAUUUAGCCUCAACAUGCUAACUUGACUAGUACUAUAUGUGGCUGCAGAGGAAAACAGCAGGCGUCUUUUACUUUACAUUAAAUUGAACACACCUCUGGUUAGUGAAUUAUGCUAAACAGGGUCUAUGUGGGUAUGAUAAAGUGUGUAAAAGGUUUGACCUUGUAUAACCUCAAAAGAUAACCUUUUUUGUUUUAAAGAGAAAUAUUUUGUUAGGAAAUGGGGCGGGAUUUAUUUGGGGGAAGCGUGAGGAAUUCUUUUAGGUGUUCAGUGUUAAAAAAAAAAACUAUUUUUCUAACUGAUAAUUGGUUUUAGUUAACCGUUGUUACUCAGUGUAAGCAAAAGUUGUGUAUGUUUCUGAUUAUUCUUGUGUGGUAGGUGUAGGAGAGCCUGUGAGUGAGAAAACAUUGCCAACACUGUGUCCAACAAACACUCAACACACUGCUACCGUAAAACAUUGCCCAGACAAUGAAUGUAGCCAAAUACUCGGGCUAUAUUUAGCCUUCCCUGGUGCUCAUAUUGAAUGGUCUAUAUUGUGAUACUAUUUUUGUAACUGAAUAUUAUGGUGUAGCUCGGUGAUCUUAAAAAAAAAAAAAAAAGUCAGAUAAAUUCAAUUAUAGCCUCAAGUAUGGAAGACGUAUAACUGAUAAUACACAGCCACAUGGAAAUCGUGUCUAGCUUGCAUGUGCUGAACGUACACAUACAGUAUGUACACUACACGUAUUUGAAAAACUUUGCACGGUUGAUCGCCAGCCUGGUUUUCAUGCUGAGAGCGUUUGUCGCAGACCAAGAUGUCUUCCGAGUCCUCUGCUUUUCAAACUGCAGUGUUUUUGUUUGUGUCAUUAUGGUUUAUUUUGGGAAGACCUCUCUAAAAGAAAAAAAAGCAAGCAAGCUUAAAAAAUAUCCUCAUACUUGAUGGAUGCGUGACGUUUGUGAAUGAGACCUAUGGGUUCCCACUUUGUACUACUAUGCUGAUAUUUUCCACCAAAUUCACUGCAGAAUGAUGUCCAUGUUCACACUUGUUUCUGUCAGUAUUUGGACUCAUCACAGAGCGUUUAUGGGAUUCAGCGUGCAUAAAUGCGUUAAUGUGUCCAUUAUAGAUCUAAAUAUAAAAUGGGAACUCCCUGCAGUGCUUUGGAUAAUGGAUGUUGUGUUGAUAAUAUCUGUAGCUCAGGAUUAGGGAUUUCAGACUCAGCUGGGAAGGCCUGAAAAUAACUGGUUGAUGAGGAUUUAACUCUUAGAUUGAAAGUAAAGGCAAAAUGUAAAAGGUAUUGUGACACAGGCUUUGAACAAAUCAGCUGCCCUUUACUGAGCACUCCAAAUCCAGUGAGUUUAACAGAUGAUAUAUACAACCAUUAAUGUAACACACAUUGGCAUGUGGAUGGAAGAAACGUUGCAGCACCCUCAUUGGCUUCUAGUUUUAAACCUUCCAUAUUUAUUUAGCUGGUUUUAUUUCCUUCUUCUUUGUUUAUUCUUCACUUUAACCCUCUUUGGAAUAUAAGUAUCCAUAUGCAAUAUCCUCUUUUUUUAUUAGUUUUUAGAGUCUCUCAGUUAGCCUACUGUAUCUUAGUGUGGCAACAGACUUUUAAAUACAACCAGUGAACAUCAGUAGCUCUUCCUUCAGUUAGUUUUUUGUAUUUGUAUCAGUUGACCUUCAUUCCAGAUGGCGAAACCUCAACCUAUGAACUCAUCUUAUUAUUACAGAUGAGUAAGUAGCCGACACGUAUUAUACUGCAUAAAAACCUCACAGUUAUUAAUGCAUUCCUUUACUUACAAACAUCCGUGUUAUGUACAGCUGUUUUGUAUUAUUUUAUAUCAUAUUCCCCUGUAAUUGUCCGGUGCACAGACAAUCGCUAUACAC